UUAAAUGUUUGCAGUCUACUGACUAAUACCGUUUCUUAUGAAUUAGAUUGUGUCUCUGACUUCAGCUUCAGAGCAAAUAUGUCUAUCAUUACUGUUGUGGCACUCCUGGUUCUCCUGACAAUCCCUGAGGGUAAAAGUCUGGAUCAUCCACUGGUUCAGAGAUGUCGAUGCCUCAGCAAGGAGAGAAAGCCCAUUGGUCGUUACAUAGGACAGGUGGAGGUGAACCCUCCCAGCUCCCACUGCAAGGACACUGAGAUUAUUGCCACUCUUAAAACGGAUGGGCAAAAGAUUUGUCUGGACCCUGAUGCUCCUUGGGUCAAAAAAGUGCUUAAAAAGACACAGACUAGGCAGACAUCUUGAAGAACAAACUCUUUACAGAUUUGGCUAAGAGGGAAAGAAAAACAUUUUGGACACAUCUUCAUCACCACUGAAGCUCAAGGUGGAAGCAUGGAUUGCACUGAUGGAGCACAGAGAGAAAAUGUUUCUUAAUGGGAAAGCUCCAUGUGGCAGCUGCAAGGUUGACCAUCUACCCAACUUUUCCAUUUCCUGUGUCAGCAACAAAUAAAGGUGUGGUGACACAAAUCUAGGUUUUGAGCAAUACGUUAAACAUUGUAUGUCUACUCACUUUAUAAGAGCUAUUUUUGUAAGCAGUUAAAAGAAUUGUAUUUCAAAUUGUAUAUUAAAUGUAAUU